GCUCCAGAUACGUUACUCUAAUCACUCUCCUUUCUUCAAUUUAACAAGAAAAGAGAAAAAAAAAACUUUUAAGAACAAUGUAGCCACAAGCUAUCCUUGCCUUAGUAAGUAAGCCAAACACACGAAGAAGAAAGGCAAAAAUAAAUUAAUAAAUAUAGUCUCUCGAAAAUCUCUUUCUAUUCAAAGAAUCCCUAAAAGAGUAGUAGAAAUAAACAAGUAACAUGAUUUUCGAUCAUCGACUCCUUCACCAUGACAAAAUCAAGAAUAAUCGGAGUUCUGUCUCUGCUCCUUUUAACGGCCGUGAUUUCUCCGCGUUUGGCGGUUUCCGGUUUAUCGGACGGUGGAGAUCAAGAGAGGUUUAAGAGACGUGAUCCCCUUAACAGUUUUAGGUAUUACGAAGGAGGUUUCGAUGUUGGAGACAAACAUUAUUGGGCAGCUACGGCAUUUACCGGAAUCCAUGGUUACGCCGUUGCCGGAGUGUUGAUUAUCGGUGGCGUCUGUUUUGGACUUUACGUAGCUUUCUCCGACAAAAGAAUACGCGUUUCUUCCACACGCCGUCGAUAUCUCGACCGUUACUAUCUUCCUCUGUUCUUACUUCUCCUCCUCUUCAUGUUUCUCUCCAUGGCAACGACAGGGAUAGUGAUAGCAGCGAACCAGAGCUCGAAGAACAAGACAGAGGAAAUGAAAGAAACCAUAGACAAGGCAGGAGAUGAUGUUGAGAGAAACAUCCGUACAGUGAUAACGUCGUUGACGAAGAUACAGUACUUGUUGCUUCCGUACGAUCAGAAAACGACUCAUCUUCUCAACGUCACUAGCCAUCGACUCGGGAAAGGAUCUCGGCUUAUUCAAAGCUUCGUUCAUCACAACGGCCGUUCCAUUGAUCUCGCCAUCAAAUUCUCGUAUGUAUCUCAUCUUGUGAUUGCAUCAACCAACUUGUUCGUUCUGCUUCUAGCCUUUGCUCCUCUCUUGCUUCAUUGGCAUCCUGGAUUCAUCAUGGUGAUAUUCUUGUGUUGGAUCUUAACCACUCUUUGUUGGGCUCUGACUGGUUUUGAUUUCUUCCUUCACACAUUCACAGAAGACGUUUGUUCAGCUUUCAAAGGCUUCGUGCAAAACCCACAAGACAGCUCACUGACAAAUGUUUUCUCUUGUAUGGAUCCUCUUCAUUCUGAUAAAACCCUAUUCGAAGUCAGCCUAAUGAUCCAUAACUUCAUCACCGAGCUAAACUCAAAAGUAGCAGAUUCGAUGCGUUCUUACGCGUUGACUGAUCGAAGUAAUACUGUCUCGUCGGCGCCGGAAUCUGGACUCAUAUGUGAUCCGUUUGUCGGACAGCAAAUUAACAGCUUCACACCACAAAGCUGCUCCAAUGGCGCCAUUCCAAUCGGCGAAUUCCCAAAUAUUCUUUCGAAAUUCACAUGCCACGACAAAGAUCCACCGGAAACUUGCAAAAUCACCGGAAAGUUCAUUCCCGAAGCAGCGUACCUCAAGGUCUAUGCUUACAGCAACUCAGCGCAAGGCAUGCUCGACAUCUUGCCUUCUCUACAAAACCUAACAGAAUGCCUUGUCGUGAAAGACACGUUAUCGAGCAUCGUCUCCAACCAAUGUAAACCAUUUAGAGCUUCAAUGUAUCGGCUUUGGGCAUCGAUGCUUGCUCUCUCUCUUAUCAUGAAGGUUCUGGUUUUGCUCUUCCUCGCUAAAGCUCUCCAAGAGAAAGGAAAGAGUUUUUCUUGGUUUUCUAUUAAUCCAAUUUCUUCUGCAGAAAGACGACAAGUGAAUAUAUAAGAGAGGUGAAUGUGUGCAUAUGUGUGGUAUUGUAAUGGAUUUCUAUUUUUGUAUUUUUUUUUUUUUUGGAAAACAUCAGUGACAAGAUAGAGUAUUUUAAGAGAUGUAUAUAUGACAUUUUAAAAUAAAGAUAGACGCAACAAAGUUUUUUUUGUCUACAUUCAAUAAUCAUUACCAGAAAUAGGAGGAAUAGAAUCCCUCAAGGCAGGGAUAUCUAUAAUAUAUUGAAAUUGAAAUCAUUGUAAGUGAAAAUGGGUUUAAAAGCAAUUACAAAAAAAAAAUUUAAUAGAAAAAAAUGAAAGACAGCAAGAAAUAGAGUCUACUUGCAACAAAAACAUAAAUAAAUAUAUAUAUGAUGUAUUUACUAAAUUAAUAUCAGAUUAUUGUAUUGAAAAUUUGAAUUCGAAUAUAGGGAAGACCAACAAUUACAAACAAAAAUUCUUACUUGACAAAAAAAACAAUCAAAUAAAAUAAAUACAAUUAUAAUAAUUUGUUUUUAAAUGAUGAUACGUUUUUUUUCUUUGCGUGACAUGUUUGUUUGAAAAAUCUUUAAC